AUGCUGCGCCGCAAGGAGGCGCGGCACGCGCGCAGGACGCUCGGGGACUACGACAAUCUGCCUACGACCAGCUUCGACGGACCCAUCGCUGUCAUCCACUCGGAGCUGGAGGAGCAACCGCACGCCGAGUAUUUGAGAGAGCAGAAGGUGGUGGGCGUGGACACGGAGGCCAGGCCCGACUUCCAACCACUCAAGGGCAAGAAGGGCAACCCCGUUUGUCUAAUCCAAGUCAGCACGCUGGACAGAGCCUUCAUCUACCGGCUGCAACGCGGCAAACCGCUGCCUCCGGUGCUGCAGGAGCUGUUCGCAGACCCAGGUGUGCUCAAAGUGGGCCACUCGCUGAGCGACGACUUCCGCCAGCUGAAGGCAGCGGACCUCGUAAAUACCGUCAACUCGACCCGAGGCGCAGAUCAGCUACGCGGCUACAGACGCGUGGGCGCCGUUGAGAGUCCUGCUCGCUAUGAUUCAGCUGAAGGAUACAAAGGAGCUCUUACGGACCAAAAGCUACAACUCGUCCGCCCAGACGCUCGUGAACGAGGAUCAUGA